AUGACCACCACUUCGCUCACGCCCUAUCUCGGCGAAGGCCUCUUGAACGUCGGCGACUUUUUCAAAUUUGAGUCAAUCCUACACCCAUUCGCUAUAGGCUCCAUAGCUAUCCUUAGCCUUUUCGCCUACUUGCGCGUCAGCAGUAACCGGACUGUAGCGCCCCUGACCAUUUGGGACGAGAUAUGCAGUAUCGCAUUGGGCUCGACGUUAGCGGGAAUCAUCAACGGAAAUUCCCUGUUAACAGGGCUAGAAGCGCUAGCUGUGCUACUGGCAUGGCAAUUUAUAACGUCCUGGAUAGGAUGCAGAUUUCCCAAAGCGGGGGUGCUGUUCACCAAACCACCUCUUGUUGUCGCGUUCCGAGGACGCUGCCUCGAGGGAUUGAUGCGCAAACACCGGAUCACCGAGACGGAUCUGUAUGGCGCAUUCCGGUCAGCUGGGAUAUUCGCCGUCUGCGAAGUGGAAUGUGCGGUUGUAGAACCGACCGGCGUCUUUUCCAUCUACAAAACCAAGGACUUGCCAAAAGACUAUGAUUCAGAUGUUCUUCUGAGCAUCAAAGGUUAUCGCGAGCUUGUCAAAUCGGACGAAAAGGAGAAGAAGAAGCAAAAAGAGGAAGGCAUGAAGAAAGGAUCGAACUCGAGCGAGUCGAGCGAAAAACCCAAGCACAAGCGGUCCAGCUCGGAAGCGGAGCGACAAUCAGCCGAGUCGGAUGAUGGCUCGGAUGGCGUUCACAGCGAGGGGUCAAAGUCAGGGCGGGGAGGUGGCAGCUCGGCCAAGGAUGCCCAGUCCGAUAGCCAGGAAGAGGACAUAGCAGACCGACAGAAAGGAGAUGAGUCAGAGAAGAAGGAGAAAGAGGACGGUGACGGGGAAAAGGAGGAGACAAAAGAGGACAAGAUCGCGGACCAAGAAUCCUAG